CCACGGUGUCCGUCAUAUUUCCGGUGCUGAUGAGCGCCUCGGUAACGCAGCGCUGUUCCCGCUAACAGGAGCAGCGAGCCUCAUCCACCGAGAACCGGCUGCAGACCGCCUGAGAACCGCUCUCCUCUUCUGCUUCUGCCUCCUGCUCAGCGGCCUGCAGCCUGCUCUCUGUCCGCUCAGAGGGGCCCCGGGAGCCGUACGUACCGCGGCCAGAACCAGACGAUUAGCCUGAGCGGCGCGUUAGCAGCGAUGUCGGGUGUAGUGCGAGGCCCCGCUGGGAACAACGACUGCCGAAUCUACGUGGGGAAUCUCCCCCCCGACAUCCGCACCAAGGACGUGGAGGACGUGUUCUACAAAUACGGGACCAUUCGGGACAUCGACCUGAAGAACCGGAGAGGGGGCCCGCCGUUCGCCUUCAUUGAGUUCGAGGACCCGAGGGACGCAGAUGAUGCGGUCUACGGACGCGAUGGUUAUGACUACGACGGCUACAGACUGCGCGUGGAGUUCCCCCGGAGCGGCAGGGGCUCCAGAGGCGGGUUUGGAGGGAUCGGUGGAGCCCCCAGAGGCAGAUACGGGCCUCCAUCCAGACGCUCUGAGUACAGGGUCAUUGUGUCAGGGCUCCCCCAGAGCGGCAGCUGGCAGGACCUGAAGGAUCACAUGCGCGAGGCUGGUGACGUGUGCUACGCUGAUGUUUUCAGAGAUGGAACCGGGGUUGUAGAAUUUGUGCGCAAAGAGGACAUGACCUAUGCCGUUCGAAAGCUGGACAACACCAAAUUCCGCUCGCAUGAGGGAGAGACUGCUUACAUUCGUGUGAAAUUAGACGGUCCCCGCAGCCCAAGUUACGGAAGAUCACGCUCCCGCAGUCGUGGCAGCCGAAGCAGAAGCCGCAGUCGCAGCGCCAGCCGCAGUCGCAGCAAUUCCCGUGGCCGUGGCAGAGGAUCGCCCCGCUACUCGCCUCGUCACAGCCGCUCUCGCUCCCGUUCCUAAACCUUUCUACCACUGAUGUUUUGCCCUUUUGAUGUGUACCCCUCCCCCUUGUUUUUACCUUUUUAUGAGUUUCUCCAGAAGUCAGCUAUUGAUUUAAAAUUUUUUCCAUUUCAUGUCCCGAUGUCCUUGUGGAUGAUCUUGGUAUGUAGAUGUACCCCCUCCUCUCCGUCCCCUCCCAGCUCCUCUCCAGCUGCUUAUUCCUCCUGUUCUCUCCCUCUCUCCUUUCUGUCCUCUCAAUUUUUGCAACAUAAGAGAUUGUGCUGUGUUGAGCUUCCAAAAAUGUUGAGUUAUAGACUGAACUCAAUGUUUUUGCAAGUAUUGAAAAUUGAGUUCUUUUUUUUAAUCGUCUCAUGGAUAUGUGGGGUGGGCUGUUUGGAUGGGAAGCCCAAUACUUAACUGUAUUUUACCCUUGUGUCUUCCUUUAGACAUCUGAAGAGAAGGAUUAAAGUGAUUUGGAAUAAAA